AUGUCGACUGAGUAUAUUAUCCCCCAAACUCAGAUUGCUGCUGUGAUAGAAGAAGCCGGAGGUGAACUGAAAAUCAAGAAGGAUCACCCUGUCAAGAGGCCAGAAGAGCUCGCGCCUGGAGAAUGCCUUGUCAAGCUCGAAUGUUCUGGUGCAUGCCACAGUGAUUUGCAUGCUGCACUCGGCGACUGGCCCGUUCCCCCUCGCCUGCCUCUUAUCGGAGGACACGAAGGUGUCGGAAUCGUCGUUGCGAUUGGUAGGAAUACCGUUGACUCUCCUGUCAAACUUGGUGACCGCGUUGGAAUCAAGUGGAUUGCAAACAGCUGCCUGAAUUGCGAACAAUGUAGAAAAGGAAGAGAGCAGAACUGCGCCAAAGCCCUAUAUAGCGGUUACGCCAUCGAUGGAACUUUCCAGGAAUACGUUGUAUCAUAUGUGAAUUACGUCACGCCCAUUCCGGAGGGAUUCCCUAGCGACGCUGCUGCUUCUGUCCUGUGCGCAGGAGUGACGGUCUACCGCGCUAUCAAGAACAGUCAGACAAACCCUGGUGAUUGGAUCGUCAUUCCCGGCGCCGGAGGAGGUUUAGGACAUCUAGCUGUCCAGUACGCUCGUGUCCGCGGUCUUCGUGUGAUCGCUAUUGAUACUGGUGUUGAGAAGAAAAAUUUGUGUCUCAAGCUUGGAGCAGAAAAGUGGAUAGAUUUCAAGGAAAGUAAAGAUACCGUCAAGCAAGUGCUAGAUGCUACUGACGGGUUGGGUGCUCAUUCGGCCCUUGUCGCUGCUUCUUCUUCCCAAGGAUACGAGCAAGCCGUCGAAUAUCUCCGUCCAGGAGGUGUUCUCAUGUGCAACGGGCUUCCCGGUUCUGCAACUUUGUCUGCAUCCAUAUUCUUCACCGUGUUCAAGUCCAUUACUAUCUGCGGUUCUUAUGUCGGCAACAGACAAGACGCUAUAGAAGCGAUCGAUAUCGCUGCUAGGGGUCUGGUGAAUGUGCAUUUUGUGAACAGACCGUUGGCAGACCUGAAAGAUGUCUACGAUGGGAUGAUGAAUGGUACUAUUGCGGGACGAGUAGUACUUGAUAUGGCAAAACAGUAA